UCGUGGGAGGAGUGUGACGGAAUUCAAAACUGAAAAGAGAUGACUAAAUUCUAAAGUCUUCACACGCCCACGGUGAAGAACUGAAGAUAUUUAUCCACAAGAAGUACUCCACACUCACUCUCUCACAGUGACCAGUUGACCACACUGCACAGAUUGGCAGAAGGAACAAACAGAUUGGAUAACAGGGCAUCUGCACAUUUUCUGAUUUGUUUUUAUUUUAAAAAAUAAUAAUAUGUGUAUAGACUUAGCCUUCUGAAAAUAGAACAAGAAGGCUAUGGCAUAAGUAGAUACCAGUAUCGAUACCAUAUAUACUUCUUUUUUAUUUAAAUUGUAAAAAAAUAUGAGAAAAUACGCGGGACGCAGAUGAAAAAGAACAAAUUGAAAAAUAUUCGGUUCUUCACACGCAUAGAAAUAGCGGCGUUUCACUUCGAUAUUCAAUACAACCUUACGCAACUGUAUUAAUAAUAACCUUUAAUUUGAACAUGUCCCUUCUACACUUCCUAACCUUCGCGGCAAUUAGCUGCACGACUGUGCUGUCAGCCGCUCCUGAAGACAUACAACAAUUCGGACCCGAGGCUUCUGAUGUUAUUGAAAUUCCCUCCGAUAUAAUUGAUAUUCCGUGCGAUCUAGCUGGUCUACUUUCUGAGGAACCUGAGCUUUCUAUUUCAGCACAGUUGUUAGAAGCUUAUACUGCUGCCACGGCUAUCGAAGUCUUACAAUACCAAACUGCAUUCUUGCCUACCAAUGACGCCUGGGCUGCCGCGCCAGAGGGUACAGUCCAAUCCCUGCUUCGUCCAGAGAACCUCAACGCAUUAGAAGAGUACUUGGCCUACGCAUCAACAUAUGAGUACUUGCUUUCAGCUGAUUUUGUCAGUGGCGAUCUUGAGAUGAACAACGGAGAGUCGAUCUUAAUGGCGGUGGAGGUGGAUGGUUUCUUCAUUGAGAACGGAGUGAGGGAUUCACAGGUGGUAAUUCCUGACAUUGUUGGGUGCGACGCGGUGAUUCACGGAAUGGACAUGGCACUUUUCCCUGGAUCACAAACCCCUGCUGAUAUUUAGUUGAUAUCCUCUCGGGUCACGCUCAUCUUGGUGGUCACACCAUUUGUGUAGGUUAUACAGUGAAAGUAGAGAGUAAGCAUACAGUCGUUGGGCAAUGUGCAUACAUGAAACGAGCAAGAGCGUGACUUCGCAUGGAAUGAUCUGUUGGCACACACAUUGUACCAGGUACUGAUAUGACAAUGUGCUGAGCCCAAUAGAGUCCGGAGGUUUGAUUGACUUCGCAUGAAAUGUGAUCGUGGACGCACAUUGUAUGAGGUACUGAUAUGACACAAUAUGCUGAGCUCAAUAGAAAGUCCGGAGGUUUGGUUGAGACGGGGAAGGAAAUUAGAAGAAGAAAUAACAUUGGAGGUAUCACUAUUUAGAUAUUGAGUGCAGACUAUCACUCGCGUCGACUGACCAACGCUUGUAACGGUGCCGACUUUAACAUUGUUGACCCCAUAGGCGAGGAGAGAGCGCUGUAAAGUAUAUUGAUUGUGUAACAUAUCGCAGAUCGAUUAUAUAUUCGCGCAAUCACGAUCCCGAUUAUAUGAAUAAAAAUGAAAGCAAAAUCUGAGCUGUAUGUAUGACAAUUCUUUCUCCAAUAGACCAUAGCCUUCUGAAGUUUAUUUCAAAGAGAAGACUAUGAAUAAACACGUUAAUUGGCCCACUCUCUACAGCCUCUCUAGUAGAGACUGGGGAUAUUCGAUUUCCGCUCUGACAGAAACCUGAUUUCCGCUCGAGACCUAACCCUAACCUAGAGGUCCUAUGAACUGACUUUAACACCCCAUCCAUAUACUAAGGGGACUUCUAAGGGUUCUUGUAUACCAAAAAUAAAGUUAGUUAUCAUUCGCCCAGAACCCAUCAUUAUGGUCUAGAGAGCUUAUUCCUUCUACUCGAAAACAC